GGCCGUCCUAUUGAACCUUUAAUGAAGUGCGGCUGGCGGGUCGAGCGUCUAUUUAAAUGGUUGAUGAAGGGGGUUAUACAUGUUCAGUUAUUCUAAAAGUUGUGUGUUCUUCAGGCAGAGAUUAUUCUUGAAUCUUUUUGCCGCUUCUUUUUGAGUGGAUUGUCUUCAGGAAAAUGGGGAAAGUCAAGGCCGUGGCUCCGAGAGCGGUGAAGAAAAUCGCCGGAGGCGAGGCCGCGGCGGCCAAGGAGAACCAGCAGCUGGCCAUGAGUGAGAAGAAUGUGUGUGUAAAAUCCAAGGUCUGUCAUCGUUUGAGAUCUGCAAAAUCCCCUCCUCCUCGCGCCCCACUGCAAGAUGAAAACUCUGCUUCAAAUAAACAAAUGAAGUUCCAAGUCACAUGUACUGUAAGACGUGAAAUGCAGAAAGAGGAAGGAGAUGAACAAAAUGGUUGUAUCUUUGCUGAACAUUCUCCCAAUCCCAAUAAGGAACUGAACAGUGAAACAAGUGCAAUCAUUGAGGAAGGAGCAGAGACUGCAGCAAAUGACACCCACACUGACAGUGAUCCUGCUGUAAAGGAUGGGCCAGCUACUCCGUGUUCUGUGGGUGGGAGUGGCCCUAAAAUAAGUGCAAAACAUGUUCAGCGGAAAGACAAAGCAAAAUCUUCAAAACGUACAGGUGCAAAAAACCCAGCAGGCCGGAAUCGCAAGGUCACUGAUUAUUAUCCUGUUCGCAGGAGUUGCAGGAAGUGUGAAGGACAGCUGAAGUCAGAAGAAAAGAAAAUAAUUGAUGAUCUGAUUCGCAAUGGGAAGGAAGAAGGAAUGAAGGUCGGUAUAAUUGAUGGAAAAGGUCGUGGGGUGAUGGCGACAAAACCUUUCCAACGUGGAGAGUUUGUGGUGGAAUACAAUGGCGAUCUCAUUGAAUUUACAGAUGCAAAGAAUAGGGAGGCUAAAUAUGCACAGGAUCCCUCCACUGGCUGCUACAUGUAUUAUUUUCAAUACCUCAGUAAAACAUAUUGUGUGGACGCAACAAAGGAAACUUCACGUCUCGGUCGGUUAAUCAACCACAGCAAGAACGGAAACUGUCAGACCAAGUUACAUGAUAUUGACGGGAAGCCACACCUUAUACUUGUUGCUUCUCGGGACAUUGCAAAGGGUGAGGAGCUGCUCUACGAUUACGGAGACAGAAGCAAAGCAUCAAUUGCUGCACAUCCCUGGCUGAAGCAGUGAGCCAAAUUUCACUGUUUUGAAUAAGCAAAACUAUUUAAAGUAUUUGAUCCGAUGCUUGCUCUGAUUUGUGAUGCAGCACUUAAUCAAAGUCAUCAAUAGAGACUACUGGAUUUCACGAGUACUGCUGAGGUGGUAGUCUUGCAUCUUUAGAACUUUUAUAUCUUAAUGCUUUUGUAUAUCUUUGUACACAAGUGUGCUUUAGGAGCUUGCAGUCAUGAGGCAGGUUGUGUUUUUUAUGUAAACAAUUCCAAAAUGUCCAGCUCUUGUACAGUAUUAGCAACCUAGGUCUGCUUUGUGCUCUGACAAAUCUUUUUGCAUAUUUAAGAGAUGAAAUGUUGUCAUUUGAACCACUUUUAGAAAGCCCUCACCCCUCCUUCAGAGUAAUGAAUUUGGUGUCACUUCCAACUGGAAGCUGCAUUUGGACAUGUCUGAAUACAAAGAAUGAGUGUUGAUUUGCAUUAGCUGAGAUUCAGUUUUUAAGGCAGGACUUCACAUCAUAUGCCAGUGCAUGUGUUGUAAACCGCUAUUUAAAAUUUGUAUACAGAAGCUUCAUGUUGAAGACUAUUUAAAUAAAUUCUGUGACUUAACGCUGUUGUUGUGAGUGACUGUACCUCCUCCAUUUUACAUUGUUGUGAUUUCAGCACUUUCCAUCCCACAGACUCUUGAUUGCAUAUACCUCUGAGAUGCUGACAGUGAUAAGUUCAUUACUUUGGGCUGACAAAGACUAUGUUGAACAGUUGGAUAAUCUUAAUCCAUUUUCAGCACACAUGAAUGGAACGGCUGCAAACAACUGCCAUCUCUCCUAAUCAGUAAAGAUGGAUUGUACUGGUCCGUUAGCACCUAGUUAACCAGAAUGGAAAGUGUUCAAUGUGAUCAUCUUUUGUUUCACUGCCUUUAAAGAGAGUGUUGCCAUUUAUUGCAGG